AUGGCCGCCGCUCCUGCCCCCAACCCCCGUGCCUCCCUCCUCGCUGGCCUCCGCACUGGCGGUGUCCGCUCUACCUCUGGUCCCAUGGGCAACGUUCCCCACACCGCCGCCGUUGGAUCCUCAUUCAGCGUCCCCCGCUACCCCUCUUCCACCUUUCACAACUCUCAUUUCCCCCCCGAAGAGGAGGACGAUGAACUGGCAGACAUGGUAUCGCAGAACAUGUACAUCAAUUCUGCAUCCCACAUGCAGCAUAUCCCCAUGACCGCUGCGGUAGAUGGGUCCCACGACAGGUUCGCCCAUCAGCAGUCCGCUCGCCACAGGGGCAUGGUCUCCGGCGGAGUCUCCAAUAAUUCGAACAACGAUGUCCAGAGGCAAGCCCAGGCACAGGCUCUCCAGAUGCAGAUGCUCCAGGUCGAGAUGCUCAGACUGCAUGCCAUCCAAGCACAGAAGCUCCAGUCCGAGUACGUCGCCCAGGCUCAACAAUAUCAUCUGCAGCUGGAAAGGCAACGGCAGCAGCUGGGCCUCCCCUAUCCGAACGGGCCCAGCCCCAGCUACAAUCCCCCUGCCACUGCCGGUGCUUACACCACUUCCUUCGACUUGCGUUCCAUGGGGAUGAACGCCCCGAUGCGCCGCCCCAGUCAGGCUGAGCAACUCAGAGCUCAGCUGGGGGUUCAUGGCGAGGAUCAGGUGCCCAUGACCGCUGCUCUCGGCGGUAAGUUUGGCAGCCGUGCCUUGUACCCGGGAAUGCCCGAGGACGACUCCUCCACACUCGAGCCAAAAGCGUCUUUCCAGAAUCCGCCUGCAACGCCCAACCAUACCACGGUCAUCAGUGGCGGCACCUCCCUUGGCACCGCGGCUAAUACCAACACCAAUGGGAAUGCGAACGUGGUCCCGUCCAAGUCGGACACCGCUGUGUCGUGGAGACGCGGCGGACACAACAACUCUGUCUUGAGCGGCAACCGGUCCAUCUCUCUUGCUGCGCCUAACGUCAAGAUCACCCCGCCUCCCACCGAGCGCAAUUCUUCACCUCCCGGCCUUGGUGCGAGCACCAGCCCCGUCCGCAGCCGCCCCCAGCCGCUCCGCUUCUCCGCAGCGGUCUCUCGCCCGCUGCCUGCUGUGGCAGUUGAUGAUGGCACAGAUGGUGAGGACAACUCAUCGGUCACGUCUUCCAAGUCUGGCUCUUCGCCCACGACGCCGCAUUCGUCCUCGUCCGGAGACGUGCCGCUCUCGCCGCGCGAAGAAGCGGCCAAGAAACUUUACGAGGGAUUGGGUCUGGGACGCGCGCCGCCCGCCACAGCAGCGCUCCCGCAGCGCGUGUUGAGCCUUGCUGUGCGGCAGCCCCGUGGGCCGCCGUCGGGCGCCGACGAACUAGGCCCACGCAACUUUGCGUCUCGUAUUCGUAGGAAGGCAAUUGGCGGGCUUGGUGCCCUCAUGGGCGCACGCGAGCGGAGGGAUGUCGUAGAGGCGUACUGA